UAAGAAUAUUUUUAGCGAGGAUAUUUUCUAAAGAACUGCACUCCAAAUGUGCAUUCACAUAGCAUACCAACAUUUUUCCAAAACUGCAGCGUCAGAAUAAUUUAUAGCAUUCCUGACAGACGAGAUAUCAUUGUUUUAUUGAUAGGAGUUAAGGAAAUUUUUGAAAGAUUUAUAGCUUUUAGUUCCAUUUCUGCUUGUUUUAUGAUUCAACUGAUUCAUUCUAUUUACCUACCUUCAUAAUGGGAAUAAGGACUUAAGCAGAUUUAAAAUUUCUCAACGUCUGGAAACAAGCUUUCUGAGCUAUGUUUCUUUAAACGGUGUGUAUGGAAGAGAUCUAAUGAGUCUUUCCACUCGUUUAAAGUAUACACUGAGCGCUCUCUACAAAGUUGGAUAGGUUCACCGUAGGAGUCAAUACAUUGUCCUCGAAGACCACACAUCCGGGUCACCUUGGAGCAAGGCAGAGGCCCCGCCCCCCUAGGGGUGGUGCCACGGGCCCGUAGAACGUCCCGCCGCCAUGAUCCGCCACGUCCUCCCCGCGCGCUGGAGGCGGAGCCUGCGCGGCGCGAUCCUCGAACGAAUCGGAUUGCAACGCGGGUUCAAACCAUGUCUGAGAGCGGCCGGAUACCUCACGCCCGGGCGCUUCUGCAGCAGUGCCUGCACGCCAGGCUGCAAGUACGUCCAGCCGAGGGAGACGCCGAGAGCCAGUGGGUGGAGGUUCAGAGAGGAUUAGUAAUCUACGUGUGUUUUUUCAAGGGAGCUAAUAAAGAACUUCUUCCCAAAAUGGUUAAUACACUGUUAAAUGUGAAGUUAAGUGAAACAGAAAACGGUAAGCACGUGUCUAUAUUGGACCUCCCUGGCAAUGUUCUAAUCAUCCCUCAAGCCACCCUUGGGGGGAGAGUAAAAGGAAGAAACAUGCAGUAUCACUCUAACUCUGGAAAAGAAGAAGGCUUGGAACUUUAUUCCCAAUUUGUGACUCUAUGUGAAAAAGAACUGGCUGCCAACAGCAAGUGUGCUGAAGCUGGGGUUGUGGUGGAACAUGGUACAUACGGGAACAGGCAGGUGUUACAGCUGGAUACCAAUGGACCAUACACACACCUAAUUGAGUUUUGAAAAAUUAAAAAGUUAGUUUCUACAGUUGUUUUCUGGUAUAAAAUGGUCUCAACUAUAAUUCGAUUUUCUUCCUCUUCUUGAAUACCUUAAUCUGCAGCAUUUUUAGACAAGAAAAUCCUGGGUCCUAUCCAUACCUCUGCAACCUGUUAAUUGGAUGACCUUGCCUUGCCAAGUCACCAAACUCUGGAUCUCAUUCACCUUUCAUCCUGCUUUCCCCUACACUUCCACUUGAAAACUUGAAAAAUGCUUUCUAUUCACCUUAUAGUCACUGUGUAAAUGUUCUUAGAGAGCUGUACUUAAGUAUUUUGCAUGAAGAAUUUUGUGCGAUCAAGAAAAAUAUUUCUUAUACCCUCAAAUGUAUGAAGUAUGUAAUAAAAAUAACUUUGUAUUAAAAUUAGGUAAAAUCCCACACAAA